AUGUCAGCGGAGCAAUCCAAGGCUUUCGAGUCGAGCCCGUUCAUGGUGAAGGCUCGCCAACAGGAGCAAUAUGUGUCGCAGCUGACUGGCGAGCGCGACAAGACGCGGAAGCAAACUGACAAGGACUUCAAUCCUUGCGAUGAUGACUUCACCGCGCCCAAGGCCUAUGACUACGACAAGGGCGUCAACUAUUACACGGUCCUUGGAGUUGAUGAAUAUGCACCCCUGGAAGAGAUCAAGAAGGCCUACAAGAAAUUGUCCUUGAUCUACCAUCCGGACAAGAUGGCGGGCCUCUCCAAGGAGGAGCAGGAAGAACGAGCGGGAGUCUUCAUUGAAAUCAAGAAUGCCUAUCUUGUACUCGGUGACCAGGCUUCGGACUUUGACCGAUGGGAGAUGUCCCAUUCCUGUCAGCCUCUGCAACGCACUGGGCAUUCUGCAGGACUCCUGGUGCUUCGAGUCAUCGUUUUCUUGCAGCUGCACUUGCAGCUGUUCGUUGCGUUCAAAAGCAGAGCGUCAGAGGAUGUCCAAAAGGCGUCACGUGAUUCAGCUGCGAGGCCGACUUCCGGGGGGUUGAGCGAGUUCCGUGCGCGGGUUCUGCGCAGACUGCGGCAAAGCCCGCCUCGCAGUCUUCCGAGGACUGCAGCUGCCCAACAGCACGAGUUGGUGCCUGCGCCGCAAGUGGUCGAGUUUCUGUCAGAGCCGCCGCUGCGGCUGCCCUUGCGAUCUACGGUGCUGGUCACCGGAGGAACAGCAGAAGACCAGAAAGCUUUCCAAGCACAUGUCUUGGAAGUUGGCCAGCUGUCAGUGGCCGACGCUUUCAAGCCUGGCCCCGUUGUUGAGUUGAAGUCCGACAACAUCGAGGGCUUAGAAGGUCUCAGUGACGAGGCCUACAGGAUUGAGGUAAAGGACAAGAGAAUCACAUUGACUUCCUCAACCAGUCACGGGCUUUUCAAUGCGAUGAUGACACUCAGACAGCUGAUGUCAGUGAGCGACGGUGCUGUGUCAAUUCCCAAGCUCCGAAUUGAGGAUGCUCCCAUGCAUGAGUGGAGAGGUCUGAUGCUGGACGUGAGCCGACACUUCUUUACUGCAGAUGAGGUGAAGCAUCUACUGCGGACCAUGGCUCUUUUUAAAAUGAACCGAUUCCACUGGCACCUGUCCGACGACCAGGGGUUCCGUGUGCCAAUUGCAAAGUAUCCGAAGCUAACAGAGGUUGGUGCUUGGCGCGAUGGGACACAGCAGGGUCACAGUGGCUGGAGCAACGACCACCGACACUACGGAGGCUUUUACACCCCUGAUCAGAUUCAUGAUGUUGUUAGCUAUGCGGAGUCAUUACACAUCAUGGUGGUGCCCGAAACGGAUCUGCCUGGACAUGCGCAGGCGAUUGUGGCUGCUUACCCCGAGUUUAGCAACCGGGAUGCGAUCAAUGUGGCUCCUCGGGUCAUGGAGCAGUGGGGUGUAUCAGACUUCGUCUUGGCCCCGAAUGACAAGACCUUUUCCUUCGUGUCUGAUCUGGUCAGCGAAGUGUCGGGUCUGAUCAAAUCGGACUACUACCAUGUCGGUGGAGAUGAAGUUUCCAGCCGGCAGUGGGACAUCUCUCCUAGUGCGCACCGCUACGAGGAGGACAACCACUUUGCCUCACCACGGCAGAUUGCAGGGACCUUUACCCGGAAGGCCAUAGAAGCUGCCAAUCGCCUGGGCAGAUCGGGCAUUGUUUGGGAUGAAGCGCUUUCAACUGGAAUUCCACUUCCUCAGCGCAGCGUGGUCAUGAUCUGGCGGGACUGGGACAACGUCCCUUCCAAGCUUUCUGUGGCAUCUCAGCGAGGGUUGUCCGUGGUCAUGUGCCCACAUAGCAGAACAUACUUGGACUUUGCCCAAGGGCCGACUGAUCCUUACGAGUCUCAGCAGGGUGUAGUGGAUCUGAAGAAAGUCUACGAACUGCCUUUGGACGGACAUGGGGCGAAGGUUCUUGGAGGCCAAGGCCAGCUCUGGAGCGAGUACAUCAGUCGCGGGCUGGACGACCUGGACUUCAAGGCAUGGCCCCGUGGAGCUGCGAUCGCCGAAGCGACGUGGUGUGACCACCGCCGUCCAGGUUUCGAUGACUUCAAGAGGCGGGUGAAGGCCCGAGCCUCCAACUUCCAAGAGCUUGGCAUCGAGCUUCGGGUCAGCUGA